AUGUCGGCUCCUGUCGGGCCCCGGGGCCGCCCGGCUCCCACCCCGGCAGCCUCUCAGCCACCUCUGCAGCCCGAGAUGCCUGACCUCAGCCACCUCACGGAGGAGGAGAGGAAAAUCAUCCUGGCCGUCAUGGAUAGGCAGAAGAAAGAAGAGGAGAAGGAGCAGUCCGUGCUCAAGGUCAAAGAAGAACACAAACCACAGCUGACACAGUGGUUUCCCUUUAGUGGAAUCACUGAACUGGUAAAUAACGUUCUUCAGCCCCAGCAAAAACAACAAAAUGAAAAGGAGCCCCAGACAAAACUGCAUCAGCAGUUUGAAAUGUAUAAGGAACAGGUAAAGAAGAUGGGAGAAGAAUCACAGCAACAGCAAGAACAGAAGGGUGAUGCACCAACCUGUGGUAUCUGCCACAAAACAAAGUUUGCUGAUGGAUGUGGCCAUAACUGUUCAUAUUGCCAAACAAAGUUCUGUGCUCGUUGUGGAGGUCGAGUGUCAUUACGCUCAAAUAAGGAGGACAAAGUGGUUAUGUGGGUAUGUAAUUUGUGCCGAAAACAGCAAGAAAUCCUCACUAAAUCAGGAGCAUGGUUUUAUAAUAGUGGAACUAAUACACCACAGCAACCUGAUCAAAAGGUUCUUCGAGGGCUAAGAAAUGAGGAGGCACCUCAGGAGAAGAAACCAAAACUACAUGAGCAGACCCAGUUCCAAGGACCCUCAGGUGACUUAUCUGUACCUGCAGUGGAGAAAAGUCGAUCUCAUGGGCUCACAAGACAGGAUUCUAUUAAAAAUGGGUCAGGCGUGAAGCAUCACAUUGCCAGUGACAUAGCUUCAGACAGGAAAAGAAGCCCAUCUGUAUCCAGAGAUCAGAAUAGAAGAUACGACCAAAGGGAAGAAAGAGAGGAAUAUUCACAGUAUGCUACUUCGGAUAGCGCAAUGCCUAGAUCUCCAUCAGAUUAUGCUGAUAGGCGAUCUCAACAUGAACCUCAGUUUUAUGAAGACUCUGAUCAUUUAAGUUAUAGGGACUCCAACAGGAGAAGUCAUAGGCAUUCCAAAGAAUAUAUUGUGGAUGAUGAGGAUGUGGAAAGCAGAGAUGAAUACGAAAGACAAAGGAGAGAAGAAGAGUACCAGUCACGCUACCGAAGUGAUCCAAAUUUGGCCCGUUAUCCAGUAAAGCCACAACCCUAUGAAGAACAAAUGCGGAUCCAUGCUGAAGUGUCCCGGGCACGGCAUGAGAGAAGGCAUAGUGAUGUUUCUUUGGCAAAUGCUGACCUGGAAGAUUCCAGGAUUUCUAUGCUAAGGAUGGACCGACCAUCAAGGCAAAGAUCUGUAUCUGAACGUAGAGCUGCCAUGGAAAAUCAGCGAUCUUAUUCAAUGGAAAGAACUCGAGAGGCUCAGGGACCAAGUUCUUAUGCACAAAGGACCACAAACCAUAGUCCUCCUACCCCCAGGAGGAGUCCACUACCCAUAGAUAGACCAGACUUGAGGCGUACUGACUCACUACGGAAACAGCACCACUUAGAUCCUAGCUCUGCUGUAAGAAAAACGAAACGGGAAAAAAUGGAAACAAUGUUAAGGAAUGAUUCUCUCAGUUCAGACCAGUCAGAGUCAGUGAGACCUCCCCCACCAAAGCCUCAUAAAUCAAAGAAAGGAGGUAAAAUGCGCCAGGUUUCGUUGAGCAGUUCAGAGGAGGAAUUGGCUUCCACGCCCGAAUAUACAAGUUGUGAUGAUGUUGAGAUUGAAAGUGAGAGUGUAAGUGAAAAAGGGGACAGUCAAAAGGGAAAAAGAAAAACUAGUGAGCAGGCAGUUUUGUCGGACUCUAACACCAAGUCUGAAAGACAAAAGAAAAUGAUGUACUUUGGUGGCCACUCUUUGGAAGAGGAUUUGGAAUGGUCUGAACCUCAGAUUAAGGACUCUGGGGUAGAUACGUGUAGUAGCACAACCCUUAACGAGGAGCAUAGCCAUAGUGAUAAGCACCCUGUAACCUGGCAACCAUCUAAAGAUGGAGAUCGUUUAAUUGGUCGCAUUUUAUUAAAUAAGCGUCUAAAAGAUGGAAGUGUACCUCGAGAUUCAGGAGCAAUGCUUGGCUUGAAGGUUGUAGGAGGAAAGAUGACUGAAUCAGGCCGGCUUUGUGCAUUUAUUACUAAAGUAAAAAAAGGAAGUUUAGCUGAUACUGUAGGACAUCUUAGACCAGGUGAUGAAGUAUUAGAAUGGAAUGGAAGGCUAUUGCAAGGAGCCACAUUUGAGGAAGUAUACAACAUCAUUCUGGAAUCCAAACCUGAACCACAAGUAGAGCUUGUAGUUUCAAGGCCUAUUGGAGAUAUACCUAGAAUACCUGAUAGCACACAUGCACAACUGGAGUCCAGUUCUAGCUCAUUUGAAUCUCAAAAAAUGGAUCGUCCUUCUAUUUCUGUUACCUCUCCUAUGAGUCCUGGAAUGUUGAGGGAUGUUCCACAGUUCUUAUCAGGACAACUUUCAAUAAAACUGUGGUUUGACAAGGUUGGUCACCAAUUAAUAGUUACAAUUUUGGGAGCAAAGGAUCUCCCUUCCAGGGAAGAUGGGAGGCCAAGGAAUCCUUAUGUUAAAAUUUACUUUCUUCCAGACAGAAGUGAUAAAAACAAGAGAAGAACUAAAACAGUAAAGAAAACAUUGGAACCCAAAUGGAACCAAACAUUCAUUUAUUCUCCAGUCCACCGAAGAGAAUUUCGGGAACGAAUGCUAGAGAUUACCCUUUGGGAUCAAGCUCGAGUUCGAGAGGAAGAAAGUGAAUUCUUAGGCGAGAUUUUAAUUGAAUUAGAAACAGCAUUAUUAGAUGAUGAGCCACACUGGUACAAACUUCAGACGCAUGAUGUCUCUUCAUUGCCACUCCCCCACCCUUCUCCAUAUAUGCCACGAAGACAGCUCCAUGGAGAGAGCCCAACACGGAGAUUGCAAAGGUCAAAGAGAAUAAGUGAUAGUGAAGUCUCUGACUAUGACUGUGAUGAUGGAAUUGGUGUGGUAUCAGAUUAUCGACGUGAUGGUCGAGAUCUUCAAAGCUCAACAUUGUCAGUGCCAGAACAAGUAAUGUCAUCAAACCAUUGUUCACCGUCAGGGUCUCCUCAUCGAGUAGAUGUUAUAGGAAGGACUAGAUCAUGGUCACCCAGUGUCCCUCCUCCACAAAGUCGGAAUGUGGAACAGGGGCUUCGAGGGACACGCACUACUACCGGACAUUAUAAUACAAUUAGCCGAAUGGAUAGACAUCGUGUCAUGGAUGACCAUUAUUCUCCAGAUAGAGACAGGGAUUGUGAAGCAGCAGAUAGACAGCCAUAUCACAGAUCCAGAUCAACAGAACAACGGCCUCUCCUUGAGCGGACCACCACCCGCUCCAGAUCCACUGAACGUCCUGAUACAAACCUCAUGAGGUCGAUGCCUUCAUUAAUGACUGGAAGAUCUGCCCCUCCUUCACCUGCCUUAUCGAGGUCUCAUCCUCGUACUGGGUCUGUCCAGACAAGCCCAUCAAGUACUCCAGUGGCAGGACGAAGGGGCCGACAGCUUCCACAGCUUCCACCAAAGGGAACAUUGGAUAGAAAAGAACUGGACUCUACAAGGAGAAGAUAUGCAGGUACUAUGGAUAUAGAGGAGAGAAAUCGCCAAAUGAAAAUUAACAAAUACAAACAGGUAGCCGGAUCAGAUCCCAGACUGGAACAAGAUUACCAUUCGAAGUAUCGAUCAGGAUGGGAUCCUCAUAGAGGGGCAGAUAAUGUUUCUACUAAAUCUUCGGACAGUGAUGUAAGUGAUAUAUCUGCGGUUUCAAGGACUAGUAGUGCUUCUCGUUUCAGCAGCACAAGCUACAUGUCUGUCCAGUCAGAACGCCCAAGAGGAAACAAGAAAAUCAGUGUCUUUACAUCCAAAAUGCAAAGCAGACAAAUGGGCAUAUCAGGGAAGAACAUGACAAAAAGCACCAGCAUCAGUGGAGACAUGUGCUCACUGGAGAAGAAUGAUGGCAGCCAGUCUGACACUGCAGUGGGCGCCUUGGGCACCAGUGGCAAAAAGCGGCGCUCUAGCAUUGGUGCCAAAAUGGUAGCUAUUGUUGGUCUGUCACGGAAAAGUCGCAGUGCUUCUCAGCUCAGCCAAACGGAAGCAGGAGGUAAAAAACUAAGGAGCACUGUCCAAAGAAGUACAGAAACAGGCCUGGCCGUGGAGAUGAGGAACUGGAUGACUCGACAAGCAAGCCGAGAGUCUACAGAUGGCAGCAUGAACAGCUACAGCUCAGAAGGAAAUCUGAUUUUCCCUGGUGUUCGCUUGGCCUCUGAUAGCCAAUUCAGCGAUUUCCUGGAUGGCCUUGGCCCUGCUCAGCUAGUGGGACGCCAGACUCUGGCAACACCUGCAAUGGGUGACAUUCAGGUAGGAAUGAUGGACAAAAAGGGACAGUUGGAGGUAGAAAUCAUCCGGGCCCGUGGCCUUGUUGUAAAACCAGGUUCCAAGACACUGCCAGCACCAUAUGUAAAGGUGUAUCUAUUAGAUAACGGAGUCUGCAUAGCCAAGAAGAAAACAAAAGUGGCAAGAAAAACGCUGGAACCCCUUUACCAGCAGCUAUUAUCUUUCGAAGAGAGUCCACAAGGAAAAGUUUUACAGAUCAUCGUCUGGGGAGAUUAUGGCCGCAUGGAUCACAAAUCUUUUAUGGGAGUGGCCCAGAUACUUUUAGAUGAACUAGAGCUAUCCAAUAUGGUGAUCGGAUGGUUCAAACUUUUCCCUCCUUCCUCCCUAGUAGAUCCAACCUUGGCCCCUCUGACAAGAAGAGCUUCCCAAUCAUCUCUGGAAAGUUCAACUGGACCUUCUUACUCUCGUUCAUAG